CAACAUUAUUGAACUCAAGCCUCCUCUGAUUCUCCCCAACCCAGAUCUUUGCCUGCCAUGUCAGAUGAUGUUGAGAAGAACGAGGCUCCUCCAGAGCCGGAGCAAAAACAAGAUGGAAAAGAGGAGCAAGAGGCAGAGCCAAAAGCAGAGCCAAAAGCAGAGGCAGAGGCAGAAGCAGAGGCAGAGCAGCAGCCACAGCUGGACUCCCCACCACAGAGCCCCCCAGCACCAGAGCCCCCUGCGUCAUCCAUGCUGGUGACCGUGACCAUUGAAGAGGAGACCGUGGGGAGCCCCCAGCUGAAUGGCGAUCCCCUGGGGCUGAGGGCUGGCUCAGCUGAGGAAUUAGGGACCACCCCCGCCCCUCCUGCUACCCCCCCAGCACGGUCCAAGUCAGCGUCAUUGAAUGACCUGAAGCCCCAGAACAGCAUCAAUGGUGGCCCGCGGGCUGUGGUGAGGAGCAGCUUGUCCGGGUCUCAGGUGCAUCUUGCUGGAACAAAAGGAUCUCCGCGGGCCAGUCUGAGUCGGCAGGCCUCAGCGACUGGGUCAGCAGCUGGGGAGGCUGGGGAGAAACCCAGAGACUACAUAUUCAUUGCUGCUCUCUCCUGCUUUUGCCCCAUCUGGCCGAUCAACAUCGUUGCCUUUGUGUACUCAGUCAUGUCCCGUAACAGCUUUCAGCAGGGAGACAUCGAUGGGGCUCGGCGCUUGGGACGAGUAGCAAAGCUGCUGAGUGUGGUUGCCCUGGUCGGGGGGGUGCUCAUAAUUGUGGCCUCUUGUGCCAUCAAUUUUGGAGCGUUUCAGUGAAGAUGGCCCUUGGCUGCCACUGCACCCGUAGCGCCAAAAUUUCCAUCUUUGGAGCAGGGAGCCGGCAUGACGCCAGUGCAUCUGUCCCUUCUCAUCCCACCCACCCCCCUCCAUCCCAGAACCAUACAAAGCAAGAGCACAAGGAUGGAAACAAUAGAAAGAAAGAAAGAGAGAGAGAGAGAGAGAAAAAGAGAAGACAAAGGAACACAAAUGAAAGAAAACAGAAGAAACAACUUGCAUUAUGGUUAAAUAUCUCCUCUAUCACUGUAGGGAUUUCAGUCCCACCAAGAAACUGGAACCAAACCCCAACCACAUCAGAUGGAGAGGGAAGGGAAAAGGAGGAGCGCAUUUUCCCAUGUUCUCUCCCACACUUGUUCUUUCUCUCUCUCUUUCUCUCUCAUUUUUUCACCCACCCAUCCAGGCAUCUGUUCAACCAGUGACCUAUCUGCCCAUCUUCCAUCUACUGCCAAAUUUCAGCAAAUAAAACUUUUCCAAUGUUCCAUGUUUACAAGAACCUGCUGGAGAAAAUCUCUUUUCCCCCCCAUCCACUAUGAAGAUAGCGGGGGAGCAUGUUUACACGUUUUGCUAGAAACAAAUGAAAAGAACCAGCAUGGGGAAGGCAGAAACUCUGAUCUCUCCUCUGUGGUGUUUACAAAAGACAAAAAACAAGGACGAGAAAGUGUGGGCCCAGAGCCAUGGAUUGGGUUAGAAACUGGAUAUGGUACAGCAAACUUACAGCGAG